AAUAAACAUUAAUUAUCUUCUUACUCCCAUAUCCGAGUUGGCAAGGUGUGAGGGACCCAAAGAUACAAAAACACAGUGAGAAUUCAAACCCAGCGUGUGGAAGGAACACCUGCCACGUGUGCGACCAAGGAGAACCGAGAUCGCGCGGGACUCCAACCUCAAAACAAACAACAUUCCCCACGUUUCUCUUUCUCUCUCCAGACAGAGACUGUCAGCUUCGCACCGCCAUGAACGCCAUUGCAACUGCUGCACUUCUCUCUCUCCCUUUCUCCUUCUCCAAAUCAUCCAAGCUUGACACCAAAAAGGGUUUGAAAGGAAGGUUUAGAGUGUUUGCUGUAUAUGGAGAAGAGAUAGAUAAGAAGAGUACAUGGAGUGCGCUCUUUGAUGUGGAGGAUCCAAGAUCCAAAGUGCCGCAGUAUAAAGGGAAGUUUUUGGAUGUAUAUCAAGCCCUUGAAUUUGCAAGAUAUGAUAUUCAAUACUGUGAUUGGCGAGCUCGCCAAGACUUGCUUGCCAUCAUGCUUCUCCAUGAAAAGGUGGUGGUGGUUCUUAAUCCUUUAGCUCGUGAUUAUAAGUCCAUUGGCACCAUGAAAAAGGAGCUAGCAGGGUUGCAGGAAGAAUUGGCACUAGCACACCAACAGGUUCAUAUAUCUGAGGCAAGGGUGUCCACUGCUUUAGAUAAACUAGCUUACAUGGAAGAAUUAGUAAACGAUAAGUUGUUGCAAGAAAGAACCACAACCGAAGUUUCCCAGACAUCCUCUUCUCCCAGUACUUCUUUUAAACCUGUAGAUGUAGAAAAGAGAAGACUGCCACGAAAAAGCUUGGACAUAUCAGGUCCAGUUCAGUCAUACCAUACCCACUUGAAGAAUUUCUGGUACCCUGUAGCUUUCUCUACUGACUUGAAGGAUGAUACAAUGAUCCCAAUAGAAUGUUUUGAGGAACCAUGGGUCAUCUUUCGAGGGAAAGAUGGGAAGCCUGGAUGUGUUCAAAAUACCUGCGCACACAGAGCAUGCCCUCUGCACCUUGGUUCUGUGAAGGAGGGUCGUAUCCAAUGUCCUUACCAUGGCUGGGAAUAUACUACUGAUGGAAAAUGUGAGAAAAUGCCAUCUACUCGACUGCUAAAUGUGAAGGUAAAGUCAUUGCCAUGUUUUGAAAAAGAGGGAAUGAUCUGGGUUUGGCCUGGCAAUGACCCCCCAACAGCUACCCUUCCAUCUUUGCUACCUCCGUCUGGGUUUGAAGUGCAUGCUGAGAUUGUCAUGGAGCUUCCCAUCGAACAUGGGUUACUUUUGGACAACCUUUUGGAUCUUGCACAUGCCCCUUUUACUCACACUUCAACUUUUGCUAAGGGAUGGAGUGUUCCCAGCUUGGUGAAAUUCUUGACACCUGCAUCUGGCCUACAAGGAUACUGGGACCCCUAUCCAAUUGAUAUGGAGUUUCGACCACCUUGCAUGGUUCUAUCAACCAUUGGAAUUUCAAAGCCUGGUAAACUGGAAGGACAAAGCACCAGUCAGUGUGCCACACACCUGCACCAACUUCAUGUCUGCUUACCAUCUUCAAAACAAAAAACAAGAUUGCUAUACAGAAUGUCACUGGAUUUUGCUCCUGUGCUUAAGCAUAUUCCUUUUAUGCAACAUCUAUGGAGAUAUUUUGCAGAGCAGGUUUUAAACGAGGAUCUACGGCUAGUGUUAGGCCAGCAAGAGCGGAUGAACAACGGUGCAAAUGUGUGGAAUUUCCCAGUAUCCUAUGACAAGCUUGGGGUAAGGUACAGACUAUGGAGAAAUGCCUUGGAGCAAGGAACUAAGCAACCACCCUUCAGCAAAUGAUAAAGAUUACAAUACUUUUUAUCUCACAGUCUUGGAACCAACUUUUAUUAACUAAAAGCCACUCAGAAGACACCCUUGCACUAGGCUAAUCCACACGUUGCCUUUCCUUGGUUCUUUCAGAGCAUUCUUCAUGCGGAGGAAACUAAAAAAGUGAUCAGAGGUUGUCUCCUCUUAUUCAAGCCCCUUGUAAAAAUAGCACCCUCUGUACACUUAGCUUUUAUUAUUUGUGUACAGGAUCAAGUCCAUUUUUUACCCCACUUUUUCCAUCUCAACUGGUGGCUUAACCUCGAUCGCGCCUUAAAACUGGCGUUUCUUGUAUUAUGGCAUUACCAUCUUAGCUCAAUGAAAUAUUGAUAAUUCAGAAUUUGUGAUUAGUUUGGGCCUUUGCGGUCACAAUUCUGAUUUGUUGUUUUCUUUUCUUUUGUAGAAACAUAGAGUGCCAUUAUAUAGGCAACUUAUGUUAUUUUAUUGAUUGACUUUUGUGAA